AUGCAAAAAUCGAAUGAAGAUUGCUACUAUUUCCUCACAUCAUCCUGUACAAAAGGUUCAGGAUGUACUUAUCGACAUAAUUCAGGAGUUUUAACAUGUAAUGUCAUAUGUCCAGCUUGGCUACGUGGAAAUUGUAUAGAUCCGGCUUGUCCAUUACGUCAUAGUGCUGUUCAACGUUCAACUAUAAAUAAUGGCAUAACAUGCUUUUAUGAAAAUACACCUAUGGGUUGUCUUAAACUUGAUUGUACAUUUGUCCAUUUACGUCCUCGUCCAACUCUAAGAAAUCCAUCAACAUUUCGACCAUCAACAACAAAUCUUGUUAAUAAAGAUGCAAUUAAAUCAACAACUAUAACAAAUUCUCCGUCUACUCCUUCUAAUAAUAUACCUCAAAUAACAAAUGAUUCAAUACCUAGUCCAGAAAUCAAUUCUUCUCAAACUUCAACACCAAAAAUUGAAAUUCCAUUAACGUCUACUGAAAUAUCUUCAUCAACAAUUUCAAAUGAAACUAUCCCACGUCGUAUAGCAGUUCCUAUAGAAAAUGAACAAAUAGAAACUACAAAUCGUAAUGUUAUUACAGAUUCUACAGAAAAAAAUCAAGAAGAUACGAAACCUACAACAACAACAACACAAUCACGAAUUGUUGGAAACCGAAAUGUUGUUAUUGCUGAAACAGCAAAUACAUCAAAUAGAAAAAUAGUACAAGGAACAACAAAUCGAGUUGUUGUUUCAUCUGAUACAAUCAAUUCAUCAAAGAGAAUAACAAAUGAUAAUGAUAGUGAUAGUGAUCUAGAUGAUUUAGUUAAACAAUUAAAAAAUGAUAUUAAAAAAACAAAUUCUGUGAUUGAUAUUUCAUUUCCUUGUUCAGCUCCAUCGAUUACUAAUCGUUUAUUUAUGUCAACCAAACAAACAACUCCAACAAAUGAUACAAAACCAAUUCGAUUAAAUCGUGAUCGUUUGCCCGCAGCAAAAAUAACAAUAUCAAACUCAUCAAAUUCUCUUUCUGCAUCAUCAAAUGGAGAAAAAACAUCUGCGGGAACAGAAUUAUCACAAGAUGGUGAACGUCGAACAAGUCGUAUUGAACGUUUUAAGAAGAAAUCAAUUUCAUCGCCUCGAUCUGUGGUUAAUACACCAUCAUCAUCAUCUAUACCAACUCGUAAUAUUGUUACUCCAUCCUCUAAUGAACGUAAACGUCCAGGUCCGGAAUCAUCAAUAAAUGAUUCACCACCAUCAAAACGUGUUUCUUCUCAACAAGAAAAUAAUCAUUAUCAUAAUGCAACAGCAACAACAACAACAACAACAACUAUUGGUGAUCUAUGUUCACCAACAUCAAAUUCUCGUCGAACACGUGAUCAUCAUCAUCAUCGUCAUCGUUCAUCAUCAUCUUCAUCAUCAUCGUCACAAAGAAAAUCAUCUCCUCGUAAAACAUAUUCAUUAAAAUCAUCAAUGGAUGAUUCAACUUGGAAAAAAGAAGUUGAUGAAUUUCUUGCUAAAACAAAACCAAAAAUUCCCUUACCAUCACCUAUAAUGCCAUGUCAACCGGUGCCUCUUCUUUCUUUACGUCCACGUUAUAUUCCACCACCACCACCACCACCACCAUCACAACAACAACAAAAACCAAUGAUUCCACGUCAUCCACCACCUUCUCAACGACCUCGACAACCAUCAUCAUCAUCAGUUGCUAAUAAACAGCCUGUACAACCAGUAGUCAAUAAUUCUUCUCCAGUUCCAUCCAAACCUCCUGAACAAAUUCCAUCAAGUAAUAAUAAUAAACCUCCUAUUCAAUCUUUAACAAUUUCCAACGACGAAGAUGAAAAUCGAUUACUUGAACUCGAUGAACCUACCGAUGUUGUUGAUACAUUCGCUUUAAUCGAUGAAGCAUUAUUCGAAGCUGAUCAUCUCCUUGAACUUAUGUGA